AUGGGCAGCCUUGGAGGCCAAGGCAGGUCUAAGGACAAGCCGCAGCGCUACCAGCGCUCACCGAAACGGAGCGGAGCCGCAGCCCGAGGAGCGGGGACAGGCCGCAGGGGCGGGAGCCCGAAACAUAUAGCUCAUGGCCUGGUCCCUGCUGCUACCAUAGCUCCUAAACCUGCAGUUCCCCGCACCCCUCCCCCUCGUAGUCCAAACCCUUCUCCAGAAAGGCCAAGGUCUGCUCUAGCAGCAGCGAUCCUUACAACAACACUAACAGGGCGCACUGUUGCUAUUCCUCAGCCUCAGCAGCGAUCGCUUUCUGAAAGUGAUGCCACCUACUUGGAACAAGAAUGUUUUGAACCGUAUGCAACAGUCACAGAGCUCAGAAUAGGAUCUAACUGGGAACUUGAUGGUUGUGACAGAUCUCCUCUGCAGUCCCUGGAAAUAUCAGGCAAUUAUGGUGGAGAUGAGGACAUGGACACAGAUCUUUCAGGUGCUGAUAAAGAGUCAGAGUCCAGCUGUCAGAGUAGUGAGAAAAGGGAAGGAAGCUUUAGCACCAAUGCUAUUUAUGCUGUUCCCUGCAAAAGUAAGCAGGAAGAGUUUCCACCAUCUCCUGUUCCUAAUGCUGACGAGAAAGAGGUUUCUUCCCAUGAAACUGAGUGUCAGGUGGUGGUGGAUAAGUCAAGUGUGCAAAUAGAAGAAGACCAAAAUCUGGGCUUGAAUUUAAAGGAAGAAAAAUUAAUAGCUGAAAAUCUGAUACAUGACAAACCUCCACCAUCCCCAGAUGUGUCUGCUCGGGCAAGGCAAGUAUGGGAAAAUAUAAGCAAAGAAAAGUUCAGAGAACUAAAACAAGAAAACUGGUCUCUGAACAAGGCAUACCAAGCUAUGGUCCAGCAAUUUGAGGGAACAAAACAGCACAUAGAAGAACAGCAAUUAAAGCUGAAACAACUAGAAAAAGAAAACAGAAGACUUAAAGAAGCUGCAGAGAACUCACAUAGAGAAGGGGAGGCAACAGAAUUACUUACUCUCAGACAACAAGCACAGGAACUGGUAGAUGAAAAUGAUGCUUUGAGAGCUAUGGUCCAUCGUUUAAAUGUAGAAUUAAGUCGCUAUCAAACUAAAUUCAGGUCAUUGUCCCAAGAAGAGAAUCUAAAGCUGAAAAGCUUGCCCAUGAAAGGACCACAACCACCAUGGCUGUUGGAUACAAAGUAUUUGUCACCUCUUCUGUUGGCAUAUGAAGAUAGAAUAAGAGAAAAGGAAGCUUUUAUUCUUGAACAUGAGGAGGAUAUGAAGAAUUUUAAAGCACGAGUUGAAGAGUUGGUGAAGGAGAAUGCAGAUCUGCAUGAGCAAUUAAAUAACUUCACUACUCCUACAGAGUGGGAGUUGCUGCAAACUCAGGCCAAGCUGGUCUUGGAAGAGAAUGGAUUGUUGAUGGAGCAACUCAAAAUUCAACAAGCUAAAGCAAAAGAUAGUCACAGACAGCAUGUUCAAGAAGUUUCAAAGUUGACCAAACAAAUAGUAGUCUUAGAAGAUAAGAAACAGAGUCAAGAGGAAGAAAUAACCGAGUACCAGAAGCAGCUAAAAGCUUUGUGUUCUACAUGUGAAGAGCUGAAAGCCAAAUUGGAUAGCAGAAUAACAGCAGAGGAGCACUUGGCUUUGGUGAAUGAUUUAAAAAGCUCUUUACAACAGGAGCAGGAGAAAAAGCACUGUGAGGUGGAAGCUGCAAAGGGAAAGAUAGCAUCACUGCAAACUGAAAACAAGAAAUUGCUCUUAGAGAAAAAUAACUUAAUGGCUGACAAGAAGAUCCUGGAAACUGAGAUGCAAGUAACUGAAAAGACAAACAGACGAUUAAAGAAGAAAAUAGGUCUUCUGCAAGUACAGCUGGAGGAAGCAAUGGAAAAAGAAGUCACAGCCCAUCACUAUCUAACAAACCUCAUUGGGCUGGUGGAGAAGAUAGCUAAGGAACGUGAUCAUCUUGUAUUUUUGGCCAGAUGUUUGGAAAAUGAGAAUCAUGGUGUUCUCAAGAAAAUUAUAGAAGGCAGCCUACGCUUAGGAAGAUUGGAAGAAAAAGUUAAGGUAUAUAAAAAGAAAGCAGCUGGGAAGCUUGGAGAUAUCAGUCUCAAGAUGACUGAGCAGGAGAAAGAAUUUGAAAGGAAAACUGCUCAGUAUGAGCAAGAAAGAAAGCACCUGCAGCGUCUGCUGCAAGAUAAACAAGAAACCCUCAAUGAAGUACUGGAACAAAACAGGAAAACAGAAGGGGAACUUGAAAUCAUGUGGGAAUCCACAGCCAAAGAAAACAGGAGAAUGAGAGAACUCUUACAUAAAUCCCUGAGGAAGAACAACAUGUGGAGUGCUGUCACAGUUCAUGAACCACACUCUCAGAAGGACCUAGUUUAUGAUUUUAGCUAUUGUGAUGUGAAAACUUCAUCACCUACUAAAAAUGAAAUUCAGCAAGAAUGCCAGUGAUCUGCACCUCAUCCAAGAAAGAGAACUUGGUGCCUGAAUUUGACUUUUUCAGCAACACAAGGUGUAAUGGAAUGUUUACUGUCUUCAAUAUAACUGUAUUUUUAAGGUCAUCAAAAUUACAACAGUAUAUUCUCUGCUUGUACUGUGAAUAGUGUAAACCUAGCCUAAAAUAUUACAUUGCUGUUUGAAGAAAAGGCUGUUCCUUCUUAAGACAAAAUGUGAUACAACUUUAACAUGUAGACAAGUAACAAUUAACAGGAUAAGCAGCUGGUAAGCUUGAUGUUCAGCACAGGCAGACACCUGAAACAAGUGAACAGCAAGACAGUGCUUGCUAAAACUAAAAGGACAAGUUUCAGUAAAUUUUCCCCUAAAACACCAGAUGAAGCAUGAUCCAAGCUGAAAAAAAAAGCGUGGCUUGCACUUUAUCUCAUGAGGAAGCAUCUUGACUUCCUAAGAUGCAAGGCUGUGCUUAUACUAGAUCGUGUGCCAAUAAUCUUGUCAUCUCAAGGACAGGUAAGAAUUUGACUGUGGAGCAGACAAGAUUGAAACAUCCUCAUGACAACAGCUGGUGCCUGAGUGCACAACUGUCCACUGUGUAGAUUGUCAGCAUCCCUGGAGGUGUUGGGAAGCUCGUGCCAUGGGUUUGCCAAGGGUGUGAGCUGCCAGCACAGGAUGCAGCUCUCCUGUUUUGUUCAUCUUGCUUCAGAUUCAGAGGCUUCGAAAGCCACCCAAAAUAUUCUCUGAAGCAGUGCUCAUUGUGUAUGCCUUUAGAUUAUUGACAUGUAUUUGUCUUAGCUUUCAGAUUUGUUCAUUUUUCACAAUAUUGCACAUUAAUGUUAUACUGGUAUGUAUUACCAUGAUGUGGUUUUAUUUUGAAUUUACAUAUAACUUGCUGGAUCAGCUUUUUGGUUUUGUUUCGUUUUCAUAACAAAAUGUAAAUGGUACCAGGAAACUGUAACAAUACAAAAAACAUGUAAUUAUCAUAGUUUUGUAGUAUUAGAAGUAAUGAAGAAUUUCAUUUGCUUUGAUCAAAGUUAACAAAAAGAGCAGAAAACCAAAUUAAAAUAUCAAAAGAAAUACAUAAUGUUUGUGUCCAGAAAAGUUCCUGCAGCAUUUUCCUUCAGGGUAAGGCCAACAGAAUGGCUUUAUUCAGGAGAGGGUGGGGACAGCACUUCCAGUCACAGCAUGAUGUUCAGGGACAGGUGCAAAAAGGUGCAGCUUUCAAAGCCACGUUCUGCAGUACAGUGCAAAGUUAAAAGAUCUACAGACUAAGCACUGGCAGAAUCUCAGUGCACUCAGGUAUUACCCUGAUUAUAGGAAACCACCAAAGUAGCUGAGCAAGUGAGAUUUUAGGAUGUACUUGAAUUACUUCCCUUUAAUAGGAAUGAACCUCAACAAUCUUACCAGUACAUCAAGAUACAACUUCAGCUAAUAAGAGUCUUUAUGACACUGAUUAACAGAACUACUCUCUUAACAGCACACUAUCUUUUGGUCUCUGCCCAGAGACUUAACAAGAGCUACACCUUUGAAUCCUUUCAUUCUCCUGGCUUUUUCAACUUGAUUAUUUUAGGACUCCAUGCCUCAACAUAACAACCAGACACUAUUUUUAAGCAGAGCCUUAAAUAACUUCAUUAAUAUGUGAAAUGGUCAUGGGGAUGGUCUAUCUCUAAACCAGUCCUGUCCCAUGUCUUCCUUGAAUUUGAAAAAAAACCUAAUUUGAAAUGUCAGGUCUGAAAUAUCCCUUCAGGUAAGUUAGGCACACACACUCCUCUCAUUUCCACACAAACUCAGAUCUGCAGCUGUGCAGACUCUGGCAGAGCAUCGAGCAUGGCUUUACCCAGAGCUUUCCACGUUUUUAAAGGCAGGUUUGGAAAAUGAAGCCUUUCAUGUCCUAUUUUUUAAUAUAAGCAUCUCUGAAAAUGCAAAUACAAUCUCAGAACUGAUUUAAUAUUUAGAAUAUUAUCCUCAUCUGGUUUUAAUUGCCCUUUUGAGUAUGUUUUAAGAGUUUGUAAAAAUAAGCUUUUGUAUUGGUAAUUCCUUAGAAACAGAAGCAAGAUUUUCAGAACUCUAAAUACUGGCUUAACUGUUCCUCCACUGAAGUGACCUGGGAAUGUCUUAGAACUGUACUUUUGCCACACCUGCUGCCCAUUUUCAUGGCUCUGGUUUUAGAGUAGGUUUUAAUACGUGGUUCAAAGGGCAGCACCUUGACAGUGACACUCCUAAGGAUUUGUUCCAAAAUGCUACUCUUGCUUUGCCAUUUGCCUGUCAUUAAAUUAUGAUGUUAAACUUUAAAUGAACUAACAUUUAAUCAGAUCCCUGGAUGAUUCUCCAUACUCAGUUUCCACAGGAAGAAAAAUGAGAAAAAGUUAUGUUCCAAGGAUGAAAAAGUUCUUUUGUGGCUCAGGAACUUUUUUGGCAUAACAAAAAUCCUGAUAUAGAUUAAAUACAUAUGAGUGUAUUUUAAAUAUAUAUGAACCCAUUUGACAUACUUGGACAGUAAAAUACUGGAAUUUUUUCAGAUCAGCAAAAGUAAACACAUUUGCAAGUAUGCCAAGUGUUGUACAAAUAGAAUUGAUGAUUAGACAGGUGCUUCUCUCCAGUUCCUUCUGACAGGAAAGAAGCUGAUUCUCUCUUUUAUUACAGCUGAAAGAAUUGGUUUUCCUGUAAAACUCUUUCAGAUGAAAUAUAAAUCUUAUGCUUUGUA